AUGUCGGCGAAGACGAUUACUUUGAAGAGUUGUGACGAACAGAUGUUUGUUAUCGAGGAGGCCACUGCUUUGCAAUCUAAAACCCUUGAGCACAUGAUCGCUGAUAACCCAAGUGAUGAGAAUAUCCCUGUGACGACUACCAUCACCGCCAAUGUCUUGGCAAAGGUAAUCGAAUACCUCAACAAACACGCUGAGGUUGAGACUAGCGAUGAAGAUAAAAAGAUUUGGGAUGCACAGUUUGUGAAUUUUGAUAACGCAAACCAAAAUACAUUGCCCCCUAUAUUGUUUGACAUGAUCCAGGCUGCCAAAAUUCUCGAAAUAAAGGGCUUGUCGUACUUGACAGCACAGAAAGUGGCGGACUGGAUUAAAGGUAAGACACCAGAUGAGAUCAUCGAGAUGUUCCCUGUUAAAAACCAAUUGACCCCUGAUGAAGAAGAAUGGAUUCGUAGGGAAAAUCCAUGGGCUUUUCAAGAUUAA